AUGAGCAAUGAAAGCGCACGCACUUUCAGUCGCACACUCCUUGGGUUCCACAUAUCCUACCCCCGUCUUCUCCUACUGCUCAUUCCACCCACCACUAAGAGACUUCAACCAUCGUGGGAUGAGUUGCUCGAUCAUGGAGAUGAACAAUUCGAACUGUCCUUCCCACCCGUUCGUGGUGUCAAUCCUUCGCUCACGCUGAAGGCCACUGUUGUACAUGCUAGCGAUACUCGGGACGGUGCACUACUUGACGCGAGUGAUCCAGUUUGA